AUGGCGGCCUGUGCCGCCAUUCAGCGCUGCUGCUGUAUCCUCGGUUGGCGCGCGAAGGCACGCGUCCUCGUCGCUCCUGCAUCACGCCAGCACUGUCCGCGUCUAGGCCCCACUGGAGGAUACAGCUCGAAGAAGCACUGA